UGGAGCGAUCUUUUCGCUCACGAUCUCUGUACUCUUCAAUCUGCUUGGCGAUGCAUUUCUUCAGCGCUUUUUGCGUCCGAGGACUCGGCAGGUGAGAGAUCGAAGGGAAAUCAGGAAUUAGGAACUGUAGGUGUUGAUGUUGCCAGCAUUAGCGAGACCGGGUGAGCCCUAAACUUUGCAGAUCGAGAAAGGAGUCUCUCUGGUGGUGAGAAUUGGGAGAAGCCGACGUCGCGAUCGGAGGUGUCAGGAAUUUGGGAUUCGAUGGCAGAGACGAUCAAGCAUGUGGUUCUGCUCAAGUUCAAGGACGAGCUGACGGCGGAGAAGAUACAGCAGCUGAUCGAUGACUAUGCGGCGCUGCCUGCGAAGAUCGAUGUCAUGAAAGGGUUCGAGUGGGGAACCGAUGUGAGCACCGAGAACCUCCACCAAGGCUACACGCAUGCUUUCAUCAGCACGUUCGACUCGAAGGAGGGCAGGGAUGCCUAUGUGGUGCAUGAAGUACAUCAGGAGUACGCUGGAGUCUUAAUUGCGAACAUCGAGAAGAUUUGUGUCUUCGAUUACAGUCCCACAGUUGUUCCUAUUCCAGUUAAAUCUUCGUAGUUCCUUCCAUUCUAAGGUUGGGAGUCUACUCAACAUUUUUUAAAUAAAAAACGGGUGGAUCUGAUCUCAUUCUCCAUUGCCAC